UCGCAGGGGACGCAGUGAAGGGUGCGUGACUUUUGCAGCUUGUUGAUACUCUCGCGCAAUCGGCUUAAGAAGCCAUUGUUUGUUGUUUUGUAUGUGUGUGUGUGUUUUUUUUUUUUAAAACAGUAUCGCAAUGUCGCUGAAACUCGCGGCGACGUCGCUGACCCGCACCCUCCGGAGCGGAGGGAGCCGACCACGAGUCCCGAAUGUGAACGCCGCCGCCUGCUGCGUCACCUUACGCGGCCACGACGGGACAAAAGAACGAAGGAGUUGCUCGGGCUCCUCCGGGGGGGCGAGCGUCGGCGACGCGCAGCCCCGCGGCGAGCCGAUCCUCGGGGCCGACGAGCCGGCGGGCGCGAGGAGACGGGCGUCCACGUCCACCGCCGCCGCCGCCGCCGCCGCACCCGUCGUGGACCAGAAAUCCUACAUGUGGGCUCGCUACUCCGACCUGAGACGGCUCGUUCACGAGCUGAUCCCGCCCGGCGCGUGCAAGUCCCUCAACUCGGCGGCCGUCUACGCCAACAACGAGGUGAGCCUGGCCGAAGUGGACAUCUACGGCUUCGACUACGACUACACGCUGGCUUUGUAUUCCAACGCGCUCAACACGAUGAUUUACAACACCGCCAGGGACUUUCUCGUCGAGCACUUCAAGUAUCCCGAAGGAAUCCUCAACUACGAUUAUAUCCCCAACUUUGCAGCUCGGGGGCUGCAUUAUGAUAUCCAAAAGGGUCUCCUGAUGAAGAUCGACGCCUUCCAUUACAUUCAAUCAGGAACGGUUUACAGGGGUCUCAAGCCAGUUCCAGACGAGGAGGUCCUCAAGCUCUACGGGGGAACUUACCAUGUCCCGCUGCAGCAGGAUAGCGGAUUCUAUGGAAAGGGCCCCAAGGUGAAGCAGUUCAUGGACAUCUUCUCCAUCCCCGAGAUGACCCUCUUGGCCGUGGCAAACGAUUUUUUCAUCACCAACGACAUCGAUUAUGAUCCAGUUCACCUCUCCAAAGACGUCUCGGAAGCGAUCGGGAUGGUCCACCUCAAAGGCUUCAUGUACAAGUGGGUCAUGCAAGAUCUCGACAAGUUCAUUCUGAGAGGAGAGGAGACGGAUGCCGUUUUGCACCAACUCGUCAGUCGCGGAAAGAAACUUUUCCUCAUCACCAACAGUCCCUUCAGCUUCGUGGACAAAGGCAUGACGUACAUGGUGGGGAAAGACUGGAGAGACUUCUUCGACGUCAUCAUCGUGCAGGCGGACAAGCCCCACUUCUUCACCGACUGCGUCAAACCCUUCCGACGUCUGGAUGGCAACGGAGACCUUCGCUGGGAAAAGAUCAGCAGUCUGGACAAAGGCCACAUCUACAAGCAGGGAAACCUGUUUGACUUUCUCAGGUUGACGGGCUGGCGAGGGUCAAAGGUUCUUUACUUUGGGGAUCAUCUUUACAGCGACUUGGCCGACCUGAUGCUACGGCACGGCUGGCGUACGGCGGCCAUCGUGCCCGAGCUGGAGCACGAAACCAAAGUCGUGAGCACGGAACGCUACGCUCUCAGCCUCACGUGGCUCCAGGCCCUCACCGGCCUGAUGGAACGAUUGCAGACUCACCGUGACCCGGACUCUAAACAAGUGCUUGACGAGUGGCAGAAGGAGCGCGAAGAACUCAGGGUGAUGACAAAGAACCUGUUCAACCCCCAGUUCGGCAGCAUCUUCAGAACGUGCCACAACCCGACGUACUUCUCCAGACGGCUGUCCCGCUUCUCCGACCUGUACAUGGCUUCCCUGAGUUGCCUCUUGAACUACGACCUCUCGCACACGUUCUACCCGCGCCGCACGCCUCUGCAGCACGAGGCGCCGCUCUGGAUGGACCAGCUGUGCACGGGCUGCAUGAAAACGCCGUUUCUGGAGGAGAUGGCCCAAAUCCGAUGAACGUCGGCGCCGCAAAACUCCACGUCGUGACCCGUUAGGCCAAAGAAGUACAUUUUAGAACUGCCCGAGGAAAAGUCCGCUGCUUGGGCAGCGACAUCUCAUUUAAAAACAAAAACAAACAAACAAACAAAAAAAACCGCACAAUUAGCUUUUUCUAUUUAGUUGUUUCAAUGAAAUUGUGUAUGCAUAAAUUCACUUUUUCACCUCAA